GCUCAGUGUGUGUGGAGAUUAGGUCUGAGCGGCCGCCUGAGGCAGGCAGUCAGCAAGCUCGACCCGCCGCCGCCGCCGCCCCUAGCAGCCGCCUUCGCUAGCAGCGCCGCGGCGGAACCGGGCGCAGGGGAGCUAGCCCGGCCCCCGCCAGCCCAGCCCAGCUCAGCCCAUCCCCGACUCUCUCCCCACGCCGGGGCAGCAAGCCGCAGCAGCCGCCGCCGGGAGAGAAGGUGGAGGAAGAAAUCCAGCCCCUAGCACGCGCUCACCAUCAUGGACCAUUAUGAUUCCCAGCAAACCAAUGACUACAUGCAGCCCGAGGAGGACUGGGAUCGAGACCUGCUCCUGGACCCAGCCUGGGAGAAGCAGCAGAGGAAGACGUUUACAGCAUGGUGCAACUCCCACCUCCGGAAGGCAGGGACGCAGAUCGAGAACAUCGAGGAGGACUUCCGGGAUGGCCUGAAGCUGAUGCUGCUGCUGGAGGUCAUCUCAGGUGAACGCUUGGCCAAGCCGGAGAGAGGCAAAAUGAGGGUGCACAAGAUCUCCAAUGUCAACAAGGCCCUGGACUUCAUAGCCAGCAAGGGGGUCAAGCUGGUGUCCAUAGGAGCUGAAGAAAUCGUGGAUGGGAACGUGAAAAUGACCCUGGGCAUGAUCUGGACCAUCAUCCUCCGCUUUGCCAUCCAGGACAUCUCCGUGGAAGAGACUUCAGCGAAGGAAGGGCUGCUCUUGUGGUGUCAGAGAAAGACAGCCCCUUACAAAAACGUCAACAUCCAGAACUUCCACAUUAGCUGGAAGGACGGCCUCGGCUUCUGUGCCUUGAUCCACCGACACCGGCCUGAGCUGAUUGACUACGGGAAGCUGCGGAAGGAUGACCCACUUACAAACCUGAACACGGCCUUCGAUGUGGCGGAGAAGUACCUGGACAUCCCCAAGAUGUUGGAUGCGGAAGACAUCGUCGGAACCGCCCGCCCGGAUGAGAAAGCCAUCAUGACUUACGUGUCCAGCUUCUACCACGCCUUCUCUGGAGCCCAGAAGGCCGAGACAGCCGCCAACCGCAUCUGCAAGGUGCUGGCCGUCAACCAGGAGAAUGAGCAGCUCAUGGAGGACUACGAGAAGCUGGCCAGCGAUCUGCUGGAGUGGAUCCGCCGCACCAUCCCGUGGCUGGAGAACCGGGCGCCCGAGAACACCAUGCACGCCAUGCAGCAGAAGCUGGAGGACUUCCGAGACUACCGGCGCCUGCACAAGCCGCCCAAGGUGCAGGAGAAGUGCCAGCUGGAGAUCAACUUCAACACGCUGCAGACCAAGCUGCGUCUCAGCAACCGGCCCGCCUUCAUGCCCUCCGAGGGCAGGAUGGUCUCGGACAUCAACAACGCCUGGGGUUGCCUGGAGCAGGCAGAGAAGGGCUAUGAGGAGUGGCUGCUGAAUGAGAUCCGGAGGCUGGAGCGGCUCGACCACCUGGCAGAGAAGUUCCGGCAGAAGGCCUCCAUCCACGAGGCCUGGACGGAUGGCAAAGAGGUCAUGCUGCGACAGAAGGAUUACGAGACGGCCACCCUCUCGGAGAUCAAGGCCCUGCUCAAGAAGCACGAGGCCUUCGAGAGCGACCUGGCCGCCCACCAGGACCGCGUGGAGCAGAUCGCCGCCAUUGCGCAGGAGCUCAAUGAGCUGGACUAUUACGACUCACCCAGUGUCAACGCCCGGUGCCAAAAGAUCUGCGACCAGUGGGACAAUCUGGGGGCCCUAACCCAGAAGCGGAGGGAAGCUCUGGAGCGGACAGAGAAACUGCUGGAGACCAUUGACCAGCUGUACUUGGAAUAUGCCAAGCGGGCCGCACCCUUCAACAACUGGAUGGAGGGGGCCAUGGAGGACCUGCAGGACACCUUCAUCGUGCACACUAUCGAGGAGAUCCAGGGACUGACCACAGCCCAUGAGCAGUUCAAGGCCACCCUCCCCGACGCUGACAAGGAGCGCCUGGCCAUCCUAGGCAUCCACAAUGAGGUGUCCAAGAUUGUCCAGACCUACCACGUCAACAUGGCGGGCACCAACCCCUACACAACCAUCACGCCUCAGGAGAUCAACGGCAAAUGGGACCAUGUACGGCAGCUGGUGCCUCGGAGGGACCAGGCCCUGACAGAGGAGCACGCCCGCCAGCAGCACAACGAGAGGCUACGCAAGCAGUUUGCGGCCCAGGCCAACGUCAUCGGGCCCUGGAUCCAGACCAAGAUGGAGGAGAUUGGGAGGAUCUCCAUUGAGAUGCACGGGACCCUGGAGGACCAGCUCAGCCACCUGCGGCAAUACGAGAAGAGCAUCGUCAACUACAAGCCCAAGAUCGACCAACUGGAGGGCGACCACCAGCUUAUCCAGGAGGCACUCAUCUUCGACAACAAGCACACCAACUACACCAUGGAGCACAUCCGCGUGGGCUGGGAGCAGCUCCUCACCACCAUCGCCAGGACUAUCAACGAGGUGGAGAACCAGAUCCUGACCAGGGAUGCCAAGGGCAUCAGCCAGGAGCAGAUGAACGAGUUCCGGGCUUCCUUCAACCACUUUGACCGGGAUCACUCCGGCACGCUGGGUCCCGAGGAGUUCAAAGCCUGCCUCAUCAGCUUGGGUUAUGAUAUUGGCAACGACCCCCAGAAGAAGACAGGCAUGAUGGACACGGAUGAUUUCCGCGCCUGCCUUAUCUCCAUGGGUUACAACAUGGGAGAGGCAGAAUUUGCCCGCAUCAUGAGCAUCGUGGACCCCAACCGCCUAGGGGUAGUGACGUUCCAGGCCUUCAUCGACUUUAUGUCCCGUGAGACGGCUGACACAGAUACAGCAGACCAAGUCAUGGCUUCCUUCAAGAUCCUGGCCGGGGAUAAGAACUACAUCACUGUGGACGAGCUGCGCCGUGAGCUGCCGCCUGACCAGGCCGAGUACUGCAUCGCGCGAAUGGCCCCCUACACCGGCCCCGAUGCCGUGCCAGGUGCUCUGGACUACAUGUCCUUCUCCACGGCGCUGUACGGCGAGAGUGACCUCUAACCCUCUCCCGCUGGCCCACGCCCUCGCCCCUGUCCGCCAUGCGCGCCCAGCCUUGCGCCUCAGCUGUCCCCCCUCUCCCGCCCGGGUUUGGUUCGCGCUCUGCUUCCAAAGGGGCGAGCUGGACCCAAGUGGCAUCGAGCCUCCCAGACCGCGAAGUGACAGUUUACAAAAUUAUUUUCUGCAAAAAAGAAAAAAAGUUACGUUAGAAAAAGUAAAAACCACAUAUUUUAUUAUAGAAAAAGUAUUUUUUUCUCCACCAGACUUAAAUGGAAAAGAGGAAAAAUUAACUAUUUGCACCGAAAUGUUUUGUUUUGUUGUGACAUAGGAAAAUAACCAAGCACAAUGUUAUAUCCGUCCUUUUUAUCGAUUUUUUUUUUUCUAUCUGUACCAUCUGCUGUAUUCAUUUCUCCAAUCUCAUGUCCACCUUGAUGUGGAGUGGGAGGGUGAGGGUAGGGGAUAAUCUUGUCAAAGGCACAUUGGUGCAUGUGUGUUUGCUAGCUCACCUGUCCAUGAAAAUAUUUUAUGAUAUUAAAGAAAAUCUUUUGAAAUGACUGUUUUUUUAAGGAAGAGAAUUUAUGUGGCUUGUCUUCUCAUUUUUAAGUCCAGAGGUGUAAUUAGCCUAUUUAUCAGCACACAGGUUUUUUUUUUUUUUUUUUAAUAUUGCUCAUUAAAAAUGGUCAGGACAGGGGCUUCCCUGAUGGGGCAGUGGUUGAGAAUCCGCCUGCCAAUGCAGAGGACACGGUUCGAUCCCUGGUUAGGGAAGAUCCCACAGGCCGCGGAGCAACUAAGCCCGUGCGCCACAACUACUGAGACUGCACUCUAGAGCCCCCGAGCCACAACUACUGAAGCCCGCGCGCCUAGAGCCCGUGCUCCGCAAUAAGAGAAGCCACCGCAAUGAGAAGCCCGCGCACUGCAGCAAAGAGUAGCCCCCGCUCGCCGCAACUAGUGAAAGCCCGCGCACAGCAACGAAGACCAAAGACCCUCCCGGCCAAAAAGAAAAUUAAUUAAUUAAUUAUUUUUAAAAAGAAACACACUAAAAAAUGGUCAGGAGAAAAUUGGCAAAUGUGGACCACUUUGAUGCUGCUUGGCACACACCAUAUUAAAGCAACAACACUCCCACGUCAGCUCUUUGCUUGCUCCUUGCUUACUGUUUUCCAGAAGUGUGUGGGGUCGAUGGUGUGGGGGCACCCGGACCACCCCUAAUAUGCUUUUGACCUUGGUGCGUUCCGUCUUCUUAACACUUUGUUUCGUUUUUAAAAGGAGAAGGUCGUUUCCUCACGAGGCUCCUAUGAGUUGAAAGUAGACUCCACCUUCGUUUGUUUCCCACAGCAUCAGACAGCUCUGUGACAUCUACAUGCACCCCCUUCCUUUUAUUUUUGCCGCAGGGGACACAUUCUCAGAGGCAUCUCGUCCCUUGCUAUUCAGACUGUCCCAGAGACGGCCGAUGUCCAGCAUCACCUGGAGCUUGUUGGAAAUGCAGGCUCUCAGGCCCCACCCCAGACCUUCCUGAAUCAGAAUCUGCCUUAUAACAAGGUCCCCGGGACAUCUGUGUGCACUUCUGUAGCUUCUCCUGUAUUUUCCCCUUACCUGUGUUUCCUCCUCGAGGUUAUCAGGCAAUGAAGACUGCCGGUAAUGAUAUCGGUAAUAGUAACAGUGCAGUGAUUUACAGAAAUGUAACUUAGCAAUGGAGGCUAAAGGUCUGUGUUCCAGUUCUGGCUGUGUCUAGGAGUAAAACAGUUUGGUGUAGUGGUUACAAGGAGUUGGGUCUGUGGAGUCUUGACUGCCAGUGUUCAAAUUCAUGACUGCCAUUUACAAAAUGGUUAACUGUGCACUACAGUUCCCUUAUCUGUUAACAGGGCAUAAUAGUGCUGUUGGAAAGUUGAUGCUAUAAUACACAGAGCUCCUAAAAUAUUAGUGCAUAGAAAUGUUAGCUGUGGUCAAUCUUAUUUUAGGUUUCAAGGGAUUCGCUUGAAGAAUCUCUUAAAAAGAGAACCCUCAACAUGAUACGUCCCCUCAUAUAAGAGGACUAAGACUAAAUCAGAACUUAUUGAACUGGGGCCAAAGGUAAGUUCUUCAGUGUGAAGCCCUCUUGUUUAGGAUUUAGUUCUAUGAGUUUCUGGAACACUCCUGCCCUGGCAAAGAGGCAAGGCUGCUCAGGAGAAAAGACAUGGGGAGAGAGGUUGGCUUUUGCUUUGGGAAACAUUCCUAUAGGUUUUACCACUGGCUGGU